CAGGUGCCGGCACGCAAGCUCGUCUGAACUCGCGCCAUCUCCUUGCUCUGCACCACGAUGUCGGAGAACCCUGAAGGACUGGGGACGAGUGCGCUUGGCCACAGCACAAUCCCCAUUGACGAGAGGCAGGCGUUAUUGCCGGAUACGGAGGAACGCCCCGCGACCUACGUCCAAGUGAAAGCGCAGGCUGGGGAGGACGCAGUUACCGCUACAGACGAUGAAGUGGUUCUAGGGACGCCGAAAUCUAAGUCGAGGACGUGGGCGAUCCUGUGGACUAUACUACUUGGACUACUAGGAAUCCUGUUGCUGGCGGUGUUCAUCAAGGGAUUCAUAGAUGCUGACGAUACCAAGUUCGACUUCAAAGACGCAUUGAAAGGCGCUCUUGGAGGGGGUUUGAGCGGCGCUGCCGCUAUGGUGCUUCAGGUUCUGACUCUCAUGCCUCUGCGCACGGUCAUGAACUAUCAAUACCGUUUCGGCACUACAACGACCGUAGCCAUCAAGACCCUCUACCACGACGGUGGAUAUGGCCGCUAUUAUGCCGGUCUCACCGCAGCUUUGUUUCAAGGCCCUAUUGCACGAUUCGGUGAUACCGCCGCCAACGCUGGUAUCCUGGCGCUGCUGAAUAGCAACACGUACAUGAAGAAGCUUCCUUCGCUUGGGAAGACCGUCUUCGCAUCACUCGCCGCCGCCGCUUUCCGGAUGAUCCUCACGCCGAUCGAUACUGUCAAGACCACAUUACAAGCCCAGGGACAGCCAGGUCUAGCCAUUUUGAAAAACCGCAUCAAGAGAUAUGGGAUCGGAACACUCUGGUACGGAGCCGUUGCUACGGCUGCUGCGACCUUCGUCGGGCACUAUCCCUGGUUCUCGACGUAUAACUUCCUUUCUGACAAUCUGCCGAAACCGGACGGGUUGCUCCAGAAGCUUGCUCGGCAAGCUUUCAUCGGAUUCAGUGCCUCGGUCGUGUCCGACACUGUGUCCAACUCGCUCCGCGUCGUCAAGACUUACCGUCAGGUCAACGAGACUAAGAUCGGCUACCUGGAGUCCGCGCGGGCUGUCAUCGCAACCGAUGGGCUACGGGGCCUCUUUGGACGCGGGCUGAAGACGCGAAUAAUCGCGAACGGCUUGCAGGGCCUCAUGUUUUCCAUCUUGUGGAAGUUAUUCAUGGAUCUGUGGGAUGAGCACACCAAGAAAUCCCUCACAGGUAACGCAUGGGGUUCCAAGGCCUGGUGAGAGCGCUCUUGACUGCUCUUCGGUUGGUUUUCCGCAUGUAUACUGUCACAACUGGUACAAGGGUAUCAGGGCGUAAGAGAUGACUCC